CGUGAAGUAUAAAGGCGCACCGCGGCCGGCGGUUAGCAGUCAUUCAGCAUUCAAACUCGUCCGGAGUUACCACCUCAGCUCAACAUGAACUUCCAGCUUGUGGUUGUCCUCGUCGCUGCCCUGGUGGCCGUUGUCUCGGCUGCCGGAGGGUUCAGGCCAAUCAGCUACGGUGGUGGACAGUUCAACAGGGGUGGAUUCAGCAACGUUGGACGCCUGAACAGCGGCUUCGGCGGCGGCGUCAGCAACUUCGGCAGGGGCUACGGCAGGGGCGGCAACAGGUUCAUCGGCGGCGGACAGCGGUUCAACAGCGGCUUCAACAAGUUCAACUCUGGCUUCAACUCUGGCUUCAACUCCGGCUACGGCGGAGGUCGUCUGCACGGCUCUGGCAUUGGCGGCGGCUCCUUCAACCGGUUCCGCAGUGGCGGCGGCUACUUCUAGACGGGACGAAAGCUGUGGGGACAAAUUUGAUUUUACUGGUCUGGGUCUUGGUUAGACAGACGGACUGAAUGCAACUCUACAUGAUCUGAUCGUGUCAAUUUUACCAUUGGAAACAAACCAGCUUUAUAAACAUGCAUCUGAAGCAUUCUUUAAAUGGAUUUACAUCGAAUAAGUUAUUCUAUACAAAGUGGCAUAGGCUGACUAAUGGGACACGCUUGCUGUCGGAACUGCUACAAGUGCUAAAUGUGGAUGUAAUUGCAGAUAGUCACAAACAGUUCAUAUUUGUGAUCAAAGUAUGUGGACAGUGCGCUUUUUAUAAAUAAACAAUAAACUGA